UUCCGUGGCACAAUGGCUUUCACUCUAAAAAUUUUGUCCCUGGCUUUAUUUCUAAAGAACGUUGUUAACUCCGAGCUGCCUCCAAUCUAUUCUCCCCAAAACUUCUAUCUCGACUUCAGAUUCCCUGAAAAUUUGGAAAAUAGACGUUUCGAAGGAAGUUCAAAAUUGCACUUUGUUGCCACGGAUAGUGUCCAAGAAUUAGUAGUUCAUGCAAAGGUUUCCGAAAUUACCACGGUGGAUGUCUGGUCAACUAAUAACAGUAUUUACGGGAAACACUAUUAUUCGGAAAGUGAUGGAUAUUUGUAUAUUUCUUUAUUGGAGGAGUUAAAACGAAGCAGUGCUUACUAUUUGCUGGUGAAUUUUUCUGCUGAGUUGAGAACAGAUUUUACAGGAUUUUAUAUUGUGCCCUAUUUGAAUGAAGAUAUGGAAACGGAGUACAUGAUGAGUACUAAGUUCAAACCGAACUACGCAAGGACGGCCUUUCCAUGCUUGGAUAGUCCAAAGUAUGAGUCACUAUUACACCUAGUGGUAACACACUCUGCGGAGUUCACAGCAAUAUCCAAUGGAUUGCGAGAUAAGGUGGAGAGCAUAGACAAUGCAACAGUGAAAACAACGUUCAUUCCAACUCCGUUGAUUUCAUCUUAUGAAAUAUCUUUAUCUCUAAUCAAAUUCGGUUCGACAAAAUUCCUGAAAAAUAAGAUUGAGUACGCAGUUCACGGACGGAAUGAGGACUACAAUUCAUUCGCAUUGAAUGCCAGUAUCCUGCUUCUAUCCAAAAUGUAUCGUUAUAUGGAGACCGUCUACCCGCAGGGAAAACUGGACAUUGUGGGAGUUCCAACCGAUAUGGAAAUUACGGCAGAUGAUAAUUUGAACAUGGCGGUCUACCCGGAAGGGAACAUCGAGUUCAUCGAGUCAGAGCAAACUGUAAUUGAACAAAUAGAGGUUCUAAUUCGAAUCGGACGAGCAAUAGCCCAUCAUUAUUUUGGAAAUCAUUUAACCCCCGCAUCGUGGACAGAUUUAUGGCUGAGUGAUGGCUUUGCUAAUUGGCUUGCAUAUAAAGCAGUUGAAGAGACUUACCACGACUUCAAUGUUGAUCAAUUUUACACAGUUCUGGAAUAUCAAAAAGCCUUACUCAUAGAUGGCACAGAACAAUCGAUACCAAUAAGACCAUCUGAUAACGAUGAUCCUUCGAAUGAAGUACCAGCUCACAGUCCUGCCCUCUCAGCUAAAUCUGCUUGCAUCGUUCGUAUGCUAGAGAACUCCUUCAGUGAAAAUACUUUCAAGGAGGUACUUGGAAGUUACGCAUCCGCUCCUAGAAUAGUUACAUCUGAAAUUUUCUUGAAACAAUUCCAAGCGAAAACAGGUUUGGAUUUAGAUUUGCCUGGAAGCUGGAUUUAUCAGAGCAAUUACCCUUUAGUCACGGUGGAUAGGAGUUAUGCAGAUGGAACAGUGCUUUUGACUCAAACCCCAUUUAAUGCGGGAGACUCCACACACAAAUGGUGGAUCCCGUUUGAUGUUAUUUCUGCCAACAAUGGAACAUUUCAAAGUUCAAACAUGGAUGGUUACUUGAAUCCCGAAUGGAGUAUUGACUUGGACGCAGUAAAUUGUUCGAACACGGAUUGGAUAAUAUUGAACAGUCAGUUGACGGGAUUUUUCCGAACAAACUACGAUGCGCAAAACUGGAAACUCAUAAUUAAUGCAUUACUAGAGGAUCAUACUCUCAUCAGUGCAAACAACCGGGCACAAUUGCUGGAUGAUGCGUUCCGGCUAGCAGAAGUUGGAAUUUCUUCGUACGAACUGGCCUUGAAUUUGUCUAUUUAUCUGAAAAAUGAGACUGAAUUCUCCCCCUGGGGAACGACAGAUAAGUUUUUCUCCGCUUUGCAGUGGUUACUCUCUGAUCAAAAGGAGCAGAAUCUUUUUCGGCAUUAUGUUAGAGAGAUAACUGAAGCUCCUUAUAAUACAAUGACUUUAUCUGAGCAGAUGGAAGAUCCUCCUGUAUUAAAAGCAGCUCGAGGCAUAGUGACAUAUUGGGCAUGCCAAGCUUGGAAUGAAGAUUGUUUUUGUAGGGCAAAGGAAAUUUUUCGAAGUUACAUUAACAAUGAUGUAACUAUAGAGCCAAAUAUCAGAGAGACGGUGCUUUGCACAGGAAUUGGGGUUGCUUCAAGGGACGAGUUAGAGAAGACUUGGAAGAAGCUAUUUAGAAGCAAGAACAGUGUUGAAAGACAUAAAACAGUUUUCCUCUUAGGAUGCAGCCAAAAUGAAAAGUUUCUGAUUGACUUCCUCGAACGGGUUUUCAAAGCUGAUCCACCCCCGGAUUACUACCAGCAUGAACGAAAGCAAGUCAUUUCUAAAAUAAUUGGGAGAGGAAAAGCAUCGGUGUCUGCAGUAAUGAAAUUUCUACAAAAUGCAACUUAUCCGCAAAUUUUACAUGAAGAGUCAGUCCUACUAUCAACUUUAAAUGAUAUAUCGCACUUCGUUUUCACUCGCAAGGAUAACCAAACGUUUCAUAAUGUAAUACAAGGCAUGCUCGAUUCACAAUUUCUAUCAAAAGGAAAUUACGAGGCACUUUCUCAGAGAGUUGAAAAAAAUCUCAAUUCAGUUCGACUUUAUCAAGAUAAUAUUUUGAAAUGGUUACGCCUAUUUAAAGAGCGCUUUCCCAGUAAUGAAACUGAGACCAACGGCGGAAAAGAACCAGUUUGUGAUAUUGAACCUGAGCCUGAAAUAGAUUGCGGCUGCGGUUGCGCUUGCGAAGAGGAUGUCGCAAGUAUUAUUUUACCAGAAAAACUAGUUUAUAUUGUAUUCCUGCUUCUUCAUUUUACUCUCUUUGUAUGAACUUUAAAGUUAUGUAUUCUGCCAUUAUACCUAU